CCGCUUCCUGCCGGACGGCCCGAGCUCGCCGGUCGGCUGCGGGAGGCGCGGAGCGUGCGGGUCGGCGUCGGCGGAGGCCUGGUGCGCCCCUCGGGCGGGAAGGAGCCGGUGCCGGGGCUUGAGCCCUCGGGAGAUCGCAGCGGCGAUGCUGACCAGGACGUCAAGGCUCGUCUCCGGGGCCCGGCGGUUGGACCCUGGACGACUUUUGCACGCGGGGUCCCAGGCCCCCCAAAGCCUCGCCGCUCCCCUGGACAACCAGGCCCCAGAUGAUAGUCCCAGAGCAGUUUCCCGCACCAGUGAGAAGGACCCGGCCAGGCAUGGGGAGCAGCAUGAAGGUCUCCACUACAACAUCCCCCUCCAGGACAUGAGGACCCUGUUCCCCCACAGCCUGCCUCCUCGCUUUUCCAUGCAGGUGAAAACAUUCAGUGAAGCUUGUCUGAUGGUAAGGAAGCCAGCCCUGGAGCUUCUGCAUUACCUGAAAAACACCAAUUUUGCCCACCCUGCUGUGCGGUAUGUUCUCUAUGGGGAGAAAGGGACAGGAAAAACCCUCAGUCUUUGCCAUGUUAUUCAUUUCUGUGCAAAGCAGGACUGGCUGAUCCUGCACGUUCCGGAUGCUCAUCUCUGGGUGAAGAGCUGCCGGAGUCUUCUGCCCUCCACCUACAACAAGCAGCGUUUGGACCAACCUGCAGAAGCUUCCAUCUGGCUGAAGAAUUUCAAAACUACAAACGAGCGUUUCUUGAGUCAGAUAAAAGUUCAAGAGAAGUAUGUCUGGAAUAAGCGAGAGAGCACGGAGAAAGGCAGCCCUCUGGGAGAGGUGGUGGAACAGGGCAUCAUGCGGGUGAAGAACGCCACGGAUGCAGUUGGGGUUGUUCUCAGAGAGCUCAAGGGUCAGAGUUCUUUGGGCGGGUUUCGCCUCCUGGUGGCAGUGGAUGGAGUCAAUGCUCUCUGGGGAAAGACCACACUGAAAAGAGAAGAUAAAAGCCUGGUGGCCCCCGAGGAGCUUGCGCUCGUGCACAACCUGAGGAAAAUGGUGAAAAACGACUGGCAUGGAGGCACCAUUGUGUUGACUUUGAGCCAGACUGGAUCCCUCUUCAAGCCGCGGAAGGCCUAUCUGCCUCAGGAGCUGCUGGGCAAGGAGGGAUUUGAUGCCUUGGAUCCCUUUAUUCCCAUCCUGGUUUCCAACUACAGCCCGAAGGAGUUCGAAAGUUGUAUUCAGUAUUACCUGGAGAACAGUUGGCUUCAACAUGAGAAAGCUCACACAGAAGAAGGGAAAAAGGAGCUUCUGUUCCUGAGUAACGCAAACCCUGGACAGCUGGAGCGGCUGUGCGCCCACCUUUGAGCCACGGUCACGACGUUCCGGACACGGUGUGGAGUAAGGAGGGAGCGCAGGGAGAGUGGUUCUGUCUACGCAGCCACCUUCAGGGGACCGGAGGCAACGGUGACUCAGAUCAGCCUCGGCACAGAAUUCUCUGCCCCCGCCCACACCGGUGGUGUCAGAAGUUCGAGUCCCGGCUGCCACUUACUGGCGGUCUUAGGGCCUCGCAGCCGAUCUGCUCCUCCAGUGUCCCCUGACCUCUGCUUCACCUGGUCUGAGGGCAAGAACGCCCCGCCGUCAGGGGGCCGUGAGGACUGAACCACACGGCAUGCGGACGGGGCCUCACACACGGCAGGCUGCUACCGUUCGGGACUUGGAUUUGAGGGAGACAGUCUCCCCCUGGAGAGCCGGCUUCCCCUGCCUGACCCUCCUCCUCGAGGAUUCCGUCAGAAGCAGAGCCUCACCCGACCCAGCCUCGGUCAGCGCAGCCAGACUCCGAGGCGAGUGCCCUACAAGCCUGCGGGGUCAGCCGCCACCACUGGAAGGCUCUAAGCCCUGUGACAAACCCCUUCAGUGUGGUUCUGCCCUCUGAACCCUGACUGACACCCUCCCCCCCCCCCCGCACUGGGGACGGUCACGGCCAGGUUUAUCUUACCCUGAGCUCAAAGCCCUCGGCCUCUCCAUCCGCUCCAUCACUUCCCGCUCCAGCCCCUCUCGUCCUUUGUGCCGGCCUGCUCUCCACCCCCACCCCUGCCUCCUCUCUCCCGAUGCUUCCGAGGCCCUCGUGAGCUGUGCUGCGGCCCGGGUCACCCAGGGGCCUCAGUCCACCUGUUCCUGUUGUUGCCCUGUGUGCGUUACAGUUCAAGCCACAAAAAUAGAUCUCAUGGAAACCA